AUUAAAAAUGAUGCUGGUUCGAGUUUUAUUAAGUUUUACUUUAACUGUAUACCUCGCUCAUGGUAGCCAAAUUGACUACAUAAAUAGUCUGGGUACCACAUGGAAGGCUGGUAAAAACUUUGAAAAGGCUCUGAACCGGCAUUAGGACUGGCACCCGGUUACAAGCCAUUACCACCAAGCUCAAACAUUACUUAUGAUAUUGCUGAUGAUGACAUACCAGAAAACUUUGAUCCCCGGGUGGAAUGGCCCGACUGUUACACCGUAAAAGAAAUUAGAAAUCAAGGGUGUUGUGGAUCGUGUUGGGCAUUCUCUACAUCCGAGGUCAUAUCCGAUCGCAUAUGCAUUGCAUCCAAAAACAAACAACAGGUAGAGGUCUCUGCCGAAGAUGUCCUAACCUGUAGUGGCGCCGGUAGUUGCAAUGGUGGUUGGCCUAGUAGUGUGUUCAACUACUACAUCAAAUCAGGUGUUAUUAGCGGUGGUCUAGUGGACAGUCAUAAGGGUUGUCAGCCUUACACCAUAAUCGGUGACCACCCGUGCGCGUCGUACGUACCGACCCCUAAGUGUCAGACGUCGUGUAUCGCGGGCUAUAACCGUACGUACACUCAGGACAAACACUUUGGCAGUAAAUCCUAUGGCGUCAGCGCUAAAGAUGUUCAAAAGGAGUUAAUGACAAAUGGACCUGUGUCAGCUACAUUCACUGUAUACAACGACUUUUUCGCAUACAAAUCGGGUGUCUACCACCACGUGACCGGUGAAUAUAAGGGAGGUCAUGCCGUUAAGCUUAUUGGUUGGGGCGUAGAAGAUGGUGUCAAAUACUGGUUGGUGGCUAACUCAUGGGGCACCGUAUUUGGUGACCAAGGUUAUUUCAAAAUUAAACGUGGCAAUGAUGAGUGUGGAUUUGAGGGUGGCUUCGAUGCCGUAACUCCGAAGUUAGAGUAAAAUUAAACUUGCUGUAAAAAUAGUAAUUUGUUAGAAUAAUGUAAAAAUAAAUAAAUAAAAUUUUACAUUGAA